AUGGGUAAUACUGAAAGUAAUGUCACCAGCGGGGUGAAGAAACAAGCCGGUGCUUCGAUUUUACCGAUUUAUAAAUUAUGCGAUCUAAAAGGAGGAGGUUUGCUCGUGGAAUUAAUGAAGCGAGCAACCCAAAAUAAACAAUAUGCAGAACUGGACCAUGCAAUUAAGACGAAGGUAGAACAUUUUUUGUAUAACAAAGGGGCAGGCCGAUAUUUUGCAAUAUCUGAUUUGGUGUUACUGAGGAAUAAAGAACGACCUCGUCACAAACUGCUACCACCGCUGCGAGCCAUGGAAAAUCCCGACGAAUUCGAAAUCGAUGAUGAAGGACCAGAAGUAACUGAAGAAGAGUAUCAAAAGAAUCCUCAUCUGUAUCGCCAUAUUUGCUGGAAAAUCAAGGAAAGAGGAGCAGUGGGAGAAAGCAUAAUGCAUCUAUGUUUACUAAACGCAACUUCUUUGCAUGCUGACAUAGCUAAAAGAUUGUUACGUUUUUACCCAAAACUCAUCAAUGACAUUUACAUGUCGGAUGAAUAUUAUGGUGAAAAUGUUUUACACAUAGCUAUAGUUAACGAAGAUCCUUCCAUGGUAAAGUUUCUUUUGGAUUCUGGGGUUAACAUUCAGGAACGUUGCUGUGGCAAUUUUAUGUGUCCAGAAGAUCAAAAGUCAUCUCGUUCGGAUUCUCUUGAUCACGAAUGGGUCAAUGUUUGUGCCGAAACAAAUUAUGAAGGAUAUGUUUACUGGGGUGAAUAUCCUUUGACAUUUGCUGCAUGUUUAGGACAAGAAGAAAGUUUUCGGUUGAUGUUAGUUAGAGGAGCAGAUCCUGAUGCUCAGGAUACUAACGGCAAUACUGUUUUACACUUAUUAGUAAUUUUACAAAAAUUGGAGGCCUUUGAUAUGGCCUAUGAAGUUGGUGCAAAAUUAGCAAUUAGGAACGUAUUAAAUCUUACGGCUUUAACACUAGCUGCAAAACUUGCUAGAAUUGAUAUGUUUUUUCAUAUUUUGAAUCUAGAACGAGAGAUUUAUUGGCAAAUAGGCAGUAUUACCUGUGCCGCGUACCCACUAUCACAAAUAGACACCAUAGACAUGGAAACGGGCCAAAUCAGUAAAACAUCAGCCCUAAAUCUUGUUGUUUUUGGCGAUAAGGACGAACAUUUAGAACUGAUGGAUGGAGUUCUAAUAGAUUUGUUAAACGCAAAGUGGAACACUUUUGUAAAAUUCAAAUUCUACAAGCAGUUUUUUACUUUUUCGUUUUACUUUAUAAUCUCACUCAUAGCUUUCACUUUGCGCCCAGGACCACCACCAAGCAAAGACUUUGCACACUCAAAUACAACCAACACAACAAACACAUCACUACUGCAUCACCAUACACCCGAAAAUAUGAAAAAUCUUACCAGAAUCAUUAACAGUACAAUAAAAUGGGAGAACCUCACCUCCAUACCAAUUUUAAAAAAAUCGGAUGACGACGACGACGAAGACAGCGACGUAGAGGAGUGGUGGGACAAUUUACAAGAAGAGUGUCGUUUGAUGCAGCUCACUGAAGCUCAAGACAAGAUUAGAUUAACCGCUGAAAUUUUAAUAGUUGUGGGAGCUUUCACGUAUUUAGCUUCGGCGAUUCGAGAAGCCCGUUUUCUAGGAGGACGCAUGUUUUUCGAGAAUUUGAUGACGGCACCUUCAAGAGUUAUGUUUCUUUUUUCGUGCAUUUUGAUGUUAAUUGUUCCUUUCCUUAGACUAGCGUGUCUAGACGAAAAAGAAGAUAUCGUGACGGUAGUCAUCAUGUUGACGACAGCUCCCUAUUUCUUGUUUUUCUGCAGAGGUUUCAAAACCGUUGGCCCUUUCGUGGUGAUGAUUUACAGAAUGGUGAUGGGUGAUUUAAUUAGAUUUGCUUCAAUUUAUCUUGUAUUUGUUAUGGGCUUCUCUCAAGCUUUCUACAUUAUAUUCCUGUCGUUCGACGACCCAAAAACUCCAGAUGACGUCGACGAUUCAGCCACCAAUCCCAUGUCAACACCCAUAGAGUCCAUCAUGGCAAUGUUUCUUAUGUCGAUGACUAAUUUCGGAGACUAUUAUGCUGCUUUUGAACGCACAGAUCACGAAUAUGAAGCAAAGGUGUUAUUUGUUGUGUUUAUGGUAAUCGUUUCAAUUUUGCUCAUCAACAUGUUGAUUGCUAUGAUGGGUAACACCUACCAAAAAAUUGCCGAAACGAGAAACGAGUGGCAAAGACAAUGGGCACGAAUUGUUUUGGUCGUUGAAAGAGGAGUAAGCCCUGCUGAACGUUGGAAACAGUUGAUGGUGUAUUCACAACCUAUGUCUGAUGGUAGAAGGGCUUUGGUUUUACGACUAAAUCAAACGGACGAAGAUAAAGAAGAAAUGAAAGAAAUAUUAGAAAUGAGACGCAGACAUGAACGGCAUAUUAAAAAGAGGAAAGAGAAGUUGAAGGAACUUAAUAAAACAACUUAGUUGUUUCUUGUUCCUACUAUAAGCACCACUUUGUAAAAAUUAGAGCAGCAGUAGUAACGCUUAAAAUUAUAUCUAAAUUAUGCUUUGCAGUGUUGUAUAUUUCUUUUACUAGUUACUGCUUAGUGUUUUGUCAAGUUUAAAUGUUGCCAAUAUAAUACUUACUUUAUACUCGCAUAAACGCUUC